UGACACUAUCAACGACACACGUUACACAAUCAACGACACUCGUGACACAAUCAACGACAUUCGUGACACAAUCAACGACACACGUUACACAAUCAACGACACACGUUACACAAUCAACGACACUCGUGACACAAUCAACGACACUCGUGACACAAUCAAC